AUGGAGGAUGGAACAGAGCAGACAAAUUCUGCAGUUGGUGCUGGCAUUCGAUUCAAGGUGUUUUGCAUCUUGCUAUUGUUUUUGCAUUUGUUCCUUUUGCUUUUUUUUAGUGAAGGCAUUAUGGAUGGUUCAGUGAGUUCAGAUCAAGCAGAUGUAGACAUUGAUGGAUCUUCAUCAAUUCCAGUUGAUCAAGAUUUGGUUGGUUUGGUAGUAAGUAAUGUUGAUGAGGCUUUUGAGUUGUAUAACAAUUAUGCAUAUAGACUUGGUUUUAGUGUGAGGAAGGGUCAUCAACGCUACAAGGGAUCUACUAACACAAUUCAAAUGAAGAACUUUUGUUGUUCUAAGGCUGCUUAUAAGGCAAACAGUGGGGUUAAGGCUUAUUCCAAAAUUGACACAAGGACAGGGUGUGAAGCAUUUGUUCAGUUUGACGUGGGUGAUGAUGGGUUGUGGACAGUUACAAAACACGAGAAAGUGCACAAUCACGAGUUAUGUGUGUUCAACAAGAGUCAUCUACUUCGUUCACAUAGGAGUGUCGGAGAUAAUCAGCUCUUAUAUUUACAAGGUUUGAAGGACAGUGGAGUUGCACUGGCGGAUGGGAUGAAUCACCAUUGCAUGAAUGUAAUGUUUGGAUGCGGGUUUUUGAUGAACGAGAGGAUAGAAUCGUUUGUGUGGUUGUUUAAAGCGUUUUUAAGAUCUAUGGGUGGCAAGUGUCCACAGUCUAUUAUGACAGAUCAAUGUGCAGCUAUGGCUGCUGCUAUAUCUAAAGUGUUUCCAACAUCACGUCACCGUCUUUGCAUAUGGCAUAUUGAGACCGAAGCUGAAUUUCAAUUUUAUUGGACAAGGUUGGUGACUGACUAUGAAUGUCACAAGAAUACUUGGUUAGAAAAGCUAUAUUACUGUAGGGAGAAGUGGUGUCCAGCAUUUAACAAUGACUAUUUUUCUGGGGGCAUUUUGUCGUCACAAAGGAGUGAAACUACAAAUCAUUCGAUAUAUAGAAGGUUGUCUAAGACAGCUGGCAGUGCUUGUCAUCAAGAAAUGGUGUUGAAUGAUGGCCAUCAACAGAAGUAUCACGUGUGGCGGCCAGAUAUAGACAUUAUAAGGCAUGAGGUUAGUUUUAACCCAGCCAACUUGGACAUUUCUUGUAGUUGCAAGUUGAUUUCUGAGUUGGGAAUUCUAUGUUGUCAUUGUCUACGCAUUCUUCAUGUACAUUGUGUUUCUAGUAUCCCUGACAAAUAUAUCCUUAAAAGAUGGACUAAAAAGGUUAUUGAUGGUAGGAAUGUCAACAUUGAUUCUAUGGUUUAUAAUGUUGGUGUCCCUCCAUCAAUUUGGGUGUUCGAUAUUAGUAGGAAAUUUCAAAGAUUAGUUGUUUCUAGUCAAGAUAAUAGUGUAGCUAGGAAACUGUGUGACGAAGCUGUUGAUGAUGUAAAGAAAAAGAUUGAAGCCGAGAUUGGGUAUGUGCAUAUUGAAGAAUGUGGUGUUUCAUCUUCAAGUGGUGGUGUACAGAAUCCUUCAAGCCGGAGAUUGAAAGGUGAGCGUAAUAAAAGGAGGAGUGGUGUUAUUGAAAAGAAGUACAGUCUUGCAAGGGGGAGAAUGAGUGCUGCAAAUAAAGUUGCAUUGAGUACAAAGGGUGCUGUUCAGUCUUUGGUGUUGGAAAACAUAUCCAAGCUUGCUGGGGAUGCAUACCUCGUACAUCCAAGUUCUUCGAGUUCAGAUUUUGUUCAGUUUAGUAAGAGUUUAGAUGACAAUGAUGAAUACCAUUGGACCUCCAAAGGAUCUUCCAGGAUUGUCUUUGUAAAUCUCAUAUGA